AUGUUUUUAUCAUUAUUUUGUGUAAUAAUUGUGGCCGUUGGAUGUUCCAGCAAAGAUGGAAAUGUCAAGUUGGAGUUUGUCCAAGCUAUGUGGCGACAUGGCGAACGUUCGGCUCUUGCUGACCUCUACCCAAUCUACGAAAAGGACUGGGUAUUUGGCGGUGGUGGGCUCGGCGAGCUAACUGGAAGAGGAAUGGGAGAGAUGAAUAAUUUGGGACGACUAAUUCGUGAGCGUUAUGUUAGGAAAUUCAACUUUUUGGAACCAAAGUACGCAUCAAAGGAGGUAUAUUUUAGAUCAACCAAUCUGAAUAGAACUAUAAUUUCUGCAAUGUCUCUAUUGUAUGGACUAUUCCCACCAAGUUUAUAUGAUAUUCCGAAUGUUGACUAUCCAUUCACCCCACUUAAAUGGCUACCAGGACUUGCAUUUGUUCCAGUACAUGUUGAUGGUUCAGAUCAAUGUGCUGCCAGUCAAAAUUGCCCAUGUCCAAGGUACGAUUUUCUACAGCAACAAAUGCUUACUCUGCCAGAAGUUCAACAGGCUUUUCAGCAGGUUAUUCUUUUGAACCGACAAAUUGCUCCACUUUACAAUGUAACAACUGGAGUUGACACGUUUUACGUCUACCCAGACACGUGGAAAUGUCAAAGAGCCUACUUCAAUAAAACAAUGUACGAUAAGCUUCCAUGGUAUAACGAGCAACUUUAUUCCAAGGCUGAAAUAACGUAUGCACCAAUUAAAGGUUUUUUGGAAGGAAGUUUUAGUCAGCCGGCUGUCACUUCUAAUGGGCUUGAUGUCGCUUUUGAAAUCCAACAAGUUCGCUCUGGAGUUAUGAUUAAUGAGAUUGUUUCUCGUGCCAGUGAGAAACUAAAUUGUGUUGAGAGAGGGCAAAAUUGUACAAGCUAUUUGAAUAAACUCAAGUUUUACGGAUAUUCCAUUCACGACAACAACGUCUAUGCUGUGUUGGUAGCCUUGGGAAUCCCGCAUAUUUCCGCAACCGAAGAUGGAUGGCCUUCAUAUGCCGCUGCAAUUUUCUUCGAGUUUUACAGAAAUAGCCAGACGAAUAAAAGAUUGUUCAAAGUGCUGUAUCGCCAGGAUGCCAGUUCACAAAUUACGGAUGUGACUAGUCAAGUCCCAAUGUGCCAAGGAGUUUCGAUGUGUCCUUUAUCAACUUUUCAGCAUCUGGCAGAUGUCUUAAAGCCCAUUCCUGAUAUAAAUACCGUGUGCAAUAUCACUUCCUAA